UCGCGUAGCUUCCUUGGCAAGCUUGUUUUUAAGCAAAAUGCUGCCCCUUCUUUUUCUUAUUAUUCUAAUCCACACCGUUUGGUUUAUUGCAUUGCCUCUUCUUAUCCAAUUCCAGUUCAAUUUUUAACCGCUUCCAAAAAAAUGCUGCGCUACUCAUUCGCUCCAUCGUCACUGCGCUGUUCCCAAUAAAUCCCCAAAUCUAAACCCUAAAUCUCUAAUCGACACUGCGCUGCUCAUUCGCUACAUCGUCUAUCGAUUCCUUCAAAUCAGCCAAAUGGCUACACAGCCAAACUCUCCUCCGCCUCCUCCUCCUUCUAUUGGUGUAGCAUCGCAUUCGCCAUCACCACCAUUGAAGCGGACUAGAAAGGCCUCAUGCCUAAGAUCAUUGGCGACUAGACCAGUUGGGGCAGAGAGACCCCUGGUCCAUGAGGAUCCUGCUACCGAAAAAGCAGAUGGUCCCCACAACAAGAAAUUAAGAACAUAUUUGGGGAUCGUUGCUCGUGAUAAGGUGGAUGUCACAUACGAAAAUUGGAAGCAUGUUCCUAUUACUCAGAAGGAUUUGAUAUGGGAGGAUAUUCAGGCUGAAUUUGAUAUCCCUGAAGCAUCUAAUGUAAGGAAAAAAAAGAAAAUACUUCAGACUGUGGGGGAGCGGUGGAGACAAUUUAAGUCUGAUUUGACGUCGAAAUGGGUACUUGCAGCUGAUAAGGAUAGUGUCGAUGACAUUGUAUGCAAAAUGUACGACAUUAGCAAGGAGAAAUGGACCCAAUUUUGUCAGAGCCGCAGAGACCCUUCAUGGGAGGAUGUUCGAAAAAAAGCACAAGCCAUCCAAAAACAAAACACUGCCCCUCACAUGAUGUCUCGUUGGGGUUAUGAAUAUUUAGAAAAGAAAUUGAUCGAUGAGAAGAGAAAGAAAAAACUAGAGAAAGCUACUCAAUCCGAAAGCACUGACACCGUCAUUGAUCCUCCAUCUCCCAUCAAACGACACGUGAAGUGGAAGCUAGCCCGUACCAAGGAAACUGGUGACAUGACAUCUGAGGCAGCAAAAGAAAUUGUUGACAAGAUUGAUGCGCUUGAGGAGCAGGCCUCACAGGGUUACUUUGUUACCCAUGGACGUCAUGAUAUACUGACUGAUGCCAUUGGGUGACCAGAACACCUUGGUUGUGUGCGUGCUGUAGGAGCCGGUAUAACCAUCAAGCAAUACUUUGGAUCGGCUACAAGGACCUCCUCCAUUGCUCUCAAAUACCUGCAACAGUUGACGCAACAAAUCAAGGACCAGCUAGAGGAUUCGAUCACUGAAAAAGUCACUCGACAGCUAAUGUUAUCCCUUAGCCAGAUGCAGUCCCAGUUUCAGUCGCAGAUGCAAUCAUAGGGACUCACACUGCCUCCUAAACCUGAUGUUGGUCCUUUAGCUACUCGUGCCAUCACAAAGGAGAGUUGUGUUGAUCCCUCAGGGAACGAUCCAGACACGGGUGACUCAAACAAAUGCGAGUUGCAUAUUGAAGAAUAUCUUCCUCGCCUGGUUGCCCUAGGAAGAGUUUAUAAGGGAUCCACAACCAUUCACAACAUUCCUUUGCUGCAUGAUCAAGUCAAGGUUGGUGUUGAGGAGAUUAGAGAUGCAAAUGCUCCCAUUCCUGUACCCACUAAAGAGGUUAAGGUCAUGGGACAAGCUCUUAACACAUUCCUUGCUUGGGCGACACAUCUUGUCAAGCGUUUAUUAGAACAGGGAGCUGUGGGACUCGCGAAACCUGCAUAUAGGCCGGAUCAUGAGGUCGAUGAUCCUCUAUGUCUAAUGACAUUGACCAUCCCACAGCUUUUUCUGAAGCCAUUGCAGGUUAUGUGGGAUGCUACCUUGUUUGGCCUAUUUAAUGAAAAUUUCCCCUUGUACAUAAAGCAUGAAGAUCUGUCUGAAAUUGCACAUGGUGGUCAAUGUCUCAACAUAUCUGUUAUACAGUUGUGGAUUCUGCAUAUGACUGAGACUAGUAUGCGAGCCGGGAAUAUUGAUGUGUGUGGAUUCCUCGAGCCACAGUCUAUCCAGAGAUCUGGCCAAUCGCAAUUUGAAUCAGAAAGUUACAUUAAAAACUAGAUGCAAAAUUCAAAAUGGGAUAUGUGCCUAGGAGCCUACCUGAAUGGUGCACAUUGGCAAAUGGUCGUCAUUUUGCCUAAGGAAAAUGUUGUCAUUUGGUUUUGUUCGUUGAUAAUAAGUCAGACAACUACCUCAAAGGCAUAAUUAAUAGUGUUUUGAAAAGACUUGAUGAUACUCAACAAAGUAAAUCCAAGCCUCCUGCUAGGUGGAUUGUUAUUAAAGUAAGU